AUGUCCAUCAAGACGGCAUAUGUGACUGGUAUGAUUUCUGUUUCCUUCCAUGAGGCGUUCAGUCUUCGAUUCUGACUGUCCCUAGGCGGCGCGAGCGGUAUAGGCCUGGCGGUCGUGCAAAUGCUUGCGACAAGAGGGUAAGUUCCAAUAUGUGGCGGUAUGGGUGGGUUCCUCACUAAGAGCUCCUAGCGUGAGGGUUGCUAUUGCCGACCGCAACUUCGCCGGAGCACAAUCCGUGGCCUCUACGAUCAAUGGCGCUAUUGCCGUCGAAAUCGAUGCUAGCGAUUGGGACUCCCAACUCGGAGCUUUCAAACGAGCUCUAGAAGAGUUCAUUCGCAUUGAUUACGUGUACGCCGUAGCCGGGAUAGGUGAACGAAAAUGGAUCCCAAAUGAUCCACAUGCUGUCGACUUCUCCAGACCGGACAUGUCUGUAUUGGACGUCGACUUGACGGGUCCGUUAUACACCGCUGCUUUGGCUAUCCAGCAGAUGAGACGACAAGCGCCAGAUGAAAAAGGUCUUCGAGGAAAAAGUGGGGUCGAUCUCAUCCGUUAAAUGACCAUGCCUUUUGCUAAAAACAAUGCAGUCGCGAUAGCAGCAUCGGUCUGUGGCUUUUAUUGCAUACCGAGUGAGUCGUUCGUCCAUCUCGGUCUGAACAGAGAAGCUGACCGUCUCUACCAGCAUUGCCCCUUUACACAGCAGCCAAGCAGUGAGUCGUUCAACGCAAGACUUUGAACGUAGACGCUAAAUCAUGUGCGAUAGUGGUGUCGUCGGCUUUGUAAGAAGCUACGGCAAACACCUGCCAACCGAAGCGAUCACGCUCAAUGCAGUAUGUCCGAACAUUGUGAAGACCAAUAUCUCCACAAAUGCAUUUUACGACCAAGUUGAGCCGCUCAAUCUGUUGGUGCCAAUGAGCUCCGUGGUCGAGGCAUUUGAACGAUGUCUUGAUAGCGAGAUAUUGGGUGAGACACUUGAAGUCGAGACACACAGCGGCAUCAUUCACCGGUCAGCUCCUGAGCCGCUCGACAAUGCGGCUGUAGAGAGUUUGGGGAUGUUGCACAGGCGAGCAGCUCCGCUGCAUGAACCAACCGAAUAG